AAAGAACGCGACGCAAACAGUGUCUGCCCGCCCGUCCGGCCCGUCAGUUCGUGCGCGGUCGCCGUUUGGUGUGUACGUCGUCCGUGUUGUGUGCGCCGCGUGUGUCAUCUCGUUUUGCGUCCGUCCGAGCUCGGUGUGCUUUUCCGUUUCAGUUUUAUUUUUCUAAAAUCGUUUCUCGCGCCGGACCGUCUUUGCCGCACAGUCAUCGUUUUGACUAGUGUAUAGGAGUUCGUCGAUUCGUUUUAUUAUCGGUUAAAACAGUUGCGGUACGUCUUUCGCCGAAACUCGGCCCUCCCCGACGCUAUAGAACGAUAGCAGCAAUGAUUAUGGACGUAAAAUGAAAAUCUGUUUCGUCUAUUACCCGGGAAAAGCUACACAGGUUGUACCUUUGGUCGCAGCAAAAGAGGAGGAGGAGGAGGAGGAGGAAGAGGAGGAAGAAGACGAGGACGACGACAACGUCAAAACCGUCGUCAACGACCACGACAAAAACAAUAACAACAGCAACAGCAACAACAAUAACAAUAACGACGACGACGACGACGAUAGCGAACACGACCACGACGUCGUCAUCUCCAAAGAACCGGCGCCGUCCGACGACAUGAACUCGUACGAGGCGAGUUGGCAAGAGUGCCGGCUGAAGUGGUGUCUGCGGUCGCGGAGUAAAGAACGUCACGAUGCGGCCGCUGGUUGGACCGAAGACGACGAAGACGACCACGGCGAAGGCGGUGGCCGAGGCAGAACGCAGGUCAUCCGCAGGAACCCGUCGGAAAAGCGACAGGCGUGUAGUAGUGAUAGCACGGGCAGCAGCCAAGAGGAACAGGACGCGGCGGCAUGGGCGGCCGCGUCCGCACGCCGUCCAAAGGCCAAACCGCUGAGCCGUGUACAGAGCGUCCGUCACGACACGGCCGCGCACCGUUACCGGACCCGUCAGCGGGUGGCCGCCGAGAUUUUGGACGAGCAACGGGCCGAGGCGUCGGCGGCGGCGGCGCGCGAUCUCUGCCGAUCUUCUGCGGCCAAGAUCAAGAAGAGCCUGUCGUUCCGGAACCCAGCGCCCAAAAAGGUGGCCACUGGCGGCGACCGUUUGCUGCGGGUCGUUUCCGAUGACGAUCACUUCCAUCACCACCAUCACCACAACAACAACAAUAACAACGACAAUAACCGUCAACCGCGUCGCCACCCGCACGACAGGGACAAAAACCAUUCUCAUCAACACGAUGACGGCGUUGAUCAACAACAGCAACAGCAACUGUUAACCAUGGCCGCGGGCACGUCGUUCGUCACCGCCGCCAAUGCCGCAGCCGCUACCACCGUAUCCCCAUCGACCGCGAACGCCACUGCGGGCGAUAGUGGCCAAGAUAAUUUCGCCAUUCCUAGGCCCAAACUCAUAGUUCCUGUACACACGUAUGGUCUCAGAAAGCGCAGGACCGGUAACACGAUCUCAUCAAACCGAACCGCCAGCGACGUGAACGCAGCUUCGGCUUCCAGCACCGUCGCCUCCUCUUCCGGCAGCUCGUCGAACUGCACCGCCACCACCGCCUCCGACACGAAAAAACAUCACAACUCGUGUCCAGAGGGACGAGUGGAGGUGAGCAGAGAAAACAAAUAUCUUAGUACUAUGACUUCUGGAAAAGUGUUCGGAGAGUUGGCUAUUUUAUACAACUGCAAGCGUACUGCCACUAUUAAAGCUGCUACGGACUGUAAGCUAUGGGCGAUCGAACGACAAUGCUUCCAAACAAUUAUGAUGAGGACUGGACUCAUAAGACAAACGGAAUAUACCGAUUUCCUCAAGAGUGUUCCAAUAUUCAAAGACUUGCCCGAAGAAACGCUUAUAAAGAUUUCGGACGUUUUGGAAGAGACGUUCUACAAUGCCGGAGACUACAUAAUCAGACAAGGUGCCCGGGGAGACACGUUCUUCAUAAUCAACAAAGGAAAGGUUAAAGUCACCAUAAAACAAUCGAACAAUGCAGAAGACAAGUACAUCAGGACCUUGCAGAAGGGUGACUUUUUCGGCGAAAAAGCGUUACAAGGCGAUGACUUGCGUACUGCGAACAUAAUCGCGUGCGACCCCGAUGGCGUGUCGUGUUUGGUCAUAGACCGGGAGACGUUCAACCAACUGAUUGCCGGACUAGACGAGAUACGCACCAGAUACAAAGACGACGAUGUCUCGGAACGAAUGAGCUCUACAAACAAGGAGUUCCAGAACCUAAAACUUUCAGACCUACAAGUCUUGGCCACUUUGGGUGUGGGCGGUUUCGGUCGCGUAGAACUUGUCCAAGUAAACAGCGAUACAUCCAGAUCGUUUGCCCUAAAACAAAUGAAAAAGAGUCAAAUUGUCGAGACGAGACAACAACAGCACAUCAUGUCAGAAAAAGAGAUCAUGGGUGAGGCCAACUGUGAAUUCAUUGUUAAGCUGUUCAAGACGUUCAAAGACCAAAAAUAUUUGUAUAUGCUCAUGGAAUCUUGUCUUGGUGGAGAAUUAUGGACUAUACUGAGAGACAAAGGACAUUUUGAUGAUUCUACCACACGUUUCUAUACCGGAUGUGUUGUUGAAGCAUUUGACUACUUACAUUCUCGCAACAUAAUCUAUAGAGAUCUGAAACCUGAAAAUCUACUUUUGGAUAUCACUGGUUAUGUGAAAUUGGUCGAUUUUGGAUUUGCUAAAAAACUACAUAAUGGAAGAAAAACUUGGACAUUCUGUGGAACACCAGAAUAUGUUGCUCCUGAAGUGAUUCUCAACAGAGGUCAUGAUAUAAGUGCUGAUUACUGGUCCUUAGGAGUGCUUAUGUUUGAACUACUUACCGGUACACCACCAUUCACUGGAGCAGAUCCAAUGAAAACUUAUAAUAUAAUUCUAAAAGGCAUAGAUGCAAUAGAAUUCCCAAGGAAUAUUACAAGAAAUGCUAGAGUUUUAAUCAAGAAAUUAUGCAGAGAUAAUCCAGCUGAACGAUUAACCGAAGUACAAAAACAUAAGUGGUUUGAUGGUUUCAAUUGGGAAGGACUACGUAAUCGAACCCUCACUCCUCCUAUCUUGCCAAAGGUGCGCAGUGCUAUAGACACAAGCAAUUUUGACAAUUAUCCGCCUGACGCAGACAGCCCACCACCAGAUGAUAAUUCAGGAUGGGAUGUGAAUUUCUAAUUUUGUAAAAGAAAACAAUGAUUAUUGUUUGUACGCGUCAUUAAUUUUACUCUAUGGUUUUAAAUUACCCAUGUUUUACAUUCUAGUUAUGUCUUACAAAUUAAUUUAGUCUUGUUAAUUAUUCAGUGUACUACCAUAUGGAAACAAUAAGUGUUAGAUUAUUUGAUAUAUAUUUCAACUUUUGUUAACCAUACCAUUUAAAUUUUGUUUUUAUAUAAAUAAAAUAUUUGUUAUAUCCCCCCUCCCCCUCUAGUAGGUAUCAAUAAAUAUCUACAUUUACGAAUUUAAUAUUUAAUAAGUGCCUUUAAAUUUUGUGAACACAUAUUAUUAUGGCAAAAUAUACAACUGUCAUUUAUUAAUUUAUUAUAGUUAAGAUUGUGCGAGUUUUAUUUUUUUUUCCAAUUAAGUAAAAGUUAAUGUUGGUUAUUACUUUUCUUCUUGUAUAGUUUGAUUAUUGAUUUAUGUGUUUUAGUAUUUAUAAAUAAUUUUUUCUAUGGAAAAGUUGUCCAGAUUAAAAACUAUACAUUAAAUUAUGUUAUAACAUAGUAAGAUCACAAUAACUAUGAAUUAUUUUUAAAUGAUUGUUAUUAUUGUUGCUCUCUGAAUAGUCCUUAUCCAGUGAGUCCCUUGAUUUUAUAAAUAUAUUCUUAUAUAUUUUUUGAUUAAUAAAAAUUAUUUCACACAUUGGA